AUGUCGAAGCGGCGUGGACCCGUGGACUCGGGUGACGAGGAUAGUCCGACCCCCAAAAAGCUUCGUAGGACCCCGGCGACCGACGACGAAGACGACGACGACGACAUUCCCCAGGCCGAAUCUCCUCUAGGUCGCAAAUCCAUUCUGAAGACUACUCCGUCGAAAAGCCAUGGAAGCAGAUCCGUUCAGGCAACUCCUAGCUCUUUAAGGAAGGUCCUCUUCUCGACGACAACGAGACCAGAGGACAACGAAGAAGAAGACGAGCAAGACGAAAGUGAAGCUGAGGGAGAGGCUACUCCAAUCGCAAGUCAGAACGAUCGCUCGGCUCGUAAGAGGAGCCAACGGACACUUUUUGAUCAGGCAGAAGGUGGAUUGCUCAGUGACGGCUCAGAUGAUGGACAGGAUGAAGCCCUGGCGAUCGCGAUCCUAGGCGGAGAGGACGAAGACGAGGAUGACAUCGUGGUGACUGAAGCAGCGGAUGACGGUUCCCCUACAGCCGCAAAGAGCACAAAAGCACGCGGACGGCGGAAAGGACGGCGGAAGGAGAAGAGUCCGAGUCCAUUGCCAGAAGAUCUCCCUCCACAUGAGCUAUACUUCUACCAGAACAAGACGGGUACCAAUAAGACUUCCUCGAAUAUGUUACCUGCAGGUCUCUUGUUGAACCACGACGACUACUUCGCGCAGAUGAGCGAGUAUCGAGAUCCCCACGCAGCGGACAUCGAACGAUUAAAGCGCCUCCACCGCCGCGCAUUCGACCAGUGGACUUUCGAACUCGAGGAGGGUUUCAAUCUGUGUUUCUACGGCUACGGUUCGAAGCGCAAGAUCGCGAUGGAAUUCGCAGAAUUUCUCUACCACCACGACCAUCAGGAGGACCCGCCGAAAAUCAUCGUCGCCAACGCAUAUACCCCUGGCUUCACCGUCCGCGACAUCCUCACCAGUCUCGCAAACGCCGCCCUCCCCAGAACCACCAAACUCCCCGCCCAACCCGGUCCGAUGCUCGACGCCAUCCUCUCCGCCCUCUCCGCCCGCCCCCCAUCCUCCCCAAACCUCUACCUGAUAAUCCACAGCCUCGACCACGCCAACCUCCGCAAAGGAACGACCAGCCAAUUGCAGCUCGCCCGGCUCGCCGCCCACCCGGCCAUAGCGCUCCUCGCGACCUGCGACACGCUGAACUUCCCCCUGAUGUGGGACGUCACGCUGUCCAAACAGCUCCGCUUCCUGCACCACGACGCGACCACCUUCGAGCCCUACGCCGCCGAACUCGACGUCGUCGAGUACGUCAACCUGCUCCUCGGCCGCAGCAGCCGCCGCCUGGGCGGCAAAGACGGCGUCGGGUACGUCCUGAAAUCCCUCCCCGAGAACGCCCGGAGUCUCUUCCGGAUCCUGGUCGCGGAGCAACUGGCGCUGGCGGACAGCGGCGGCGGCGGGGGGGACGACGACCAUCUCGGCGGCGGCGGCGGCGACGACGAUUCCGACGCGGAGGAUCCCCUCGGCAUGUCCGACUCGGACGAGGCAGCAGCCGAGCAACAAGCGACGCCCUCCCGGCGCGGCCGCGGCCGCCCCGCGCGGCCCAAACCCAAGAAGCCCGCGCGGCGCCCCGCGGCGCCCCGGCCGGCCCCGUCGACCUUCGGGAUCGAAUACCGCACGCUCUACCACAAGGCGGUCGAGGAGUUCGUGUGCUCGAGCGAGGUCAACUUCCGCACCCUGCUCAAGGAGUUCCACGACCACCAGAUGGUCGAGUCGCGGCGGGACGGGCUGGGCACGGAGCGGCUGUCCAUCCCGUUCCGGCGGGAGGAGCUGGAGGGAAUUCUGGAGGAGUUGGUUUGA